GGAACUGGAAUAUAAUAUAGUUGUUUAAUAAUUAUUAUCCUAUUAAAUCAAACUUAAAAAACAAAUAUUCACAUUUUAUUGUUCGUUUAUAUAAUUUUGUCCUAUUUUUAGAAAAAUUGAUAAAGAGAGUCUGCUUUCCAGAGUAAGGAGUAGCAUGUUUGUUAAAUAUAAGAAACAGAAAACUCAUUUCGAUGACAGUUGGAUUGGAGCUACAUGUAGUGAAACACCUACUCAACAGAUCAAGAUCGAGAAGCAGCAGGAUGAAUUUGCGACUAGCAAUGUCAAAGAUGAUUCAUCCUUACACAGUGGUUUAACUCCCAAUCAGAUGGCGACAGUCAAGCAGGAAAAUGAUAGCAGCCAAGAACCAGCACCAGAGUGCAGCUCUGCAUGCUCUCUAAUUGAUGAUGAUUUCAGCCAACAAAAUUAUCUAAUCCCUGGUUAUAAUCUAAUAUUCAUCAAAGAGGAAGAAUAUGAGUCUGCUUUCCAGAGUAUGGAGAACCAGAUCAAGAUCGAGAAGCAGCAGGAUGAAUUUGCAGCUAGCAAUGUCAAAGAUGAUUCAUCCUUACACAGUAGUUCAACUACCAAUCAGAUGGCGACAGUCAAGCAGGAAAAUGAUAGCAGCCAUGAACCAGCACCAGAGUGCAGCACUGCAUCCUCUCUAAUUGAUGAUGAUUUCAGCCAACAAAAUUAUCUAAUCCCUGGUUAUAAUCUAAUAUUCAUGAAAGAGGAAGAAUAUGUUGAGCAAGAGGCAGAAGGAAGUUCAGUGGCGAGUGAACCAGAUAAGUGGCCUUCAAACUGCAGCACAUCUGAAACUGCCAAUGCCACAGAAGUGGGUGGACUGAAUGCACGUUCCACCUCUCCAGUAGAAAGGGGCACUACGCAAACUGUGGCUGGAGAAAAGACCAAGAACUACAGCUGUGCUGACUGCAGCUAUGAAACCAAAUGGUUCAGUCAAAUGAAGAUACAUAUCAGAACACAUACAGGAGAAACACCUUUCAACUGCAUGUAUUGUGACUAUACAUGUACUCAAUCAUCUCAUUUGAAGAGACAUGUCAGAACUCAUACAGGAGAAACACCUUUCAGCUGUAAGUAUUGUGACUAUAAAUGUGCUCAAUCUAGUAAUUUGAAGGAACAUAUCAAAACACAUACAGGGGAAACACCUUUCAGCUGUACAUAUUGUGACUUUAAAUGUGCUCUAUCAUCCAAUUUGAAGAGACAUAUCAGAACUCAUACAGGAGAAACACCUUUCAGCUGCGAGUAUUGUGACUAUAAAUGUGCUCGUUCAAGUGAUUUGAAGAGACAUAUCAGAACUCAUACAGGAGAAACACCUUUCAGCUGCGAGUUUUGUGACUAUAAAUGUGCUCGAUCAAUUACUUUGAAGGAACAUAUCAGAACACAUACAAGAGAAACACCUUUCAGCUGCAAGUAUUGUGACUAUACAUGUGCACAAUCAUCUAAUUUGAAGAGACAUAUUAUCAGAAAACAUACAGGAGAAAGAACUUUCUGCUGUACAAAUUGUGACUAUAAAUGUGCUCGUUCAAGUGAUUUGAAGAGACAUAUCCGAACUCAUACAGGAGGAAAACCUUUCAGCUGCAAGUUUUGUGAUUAUAAAUGUGCUCGAUCAGUUACUUUGAAGGAACAUAUCAAUACACAUACAGGAGAAACACCUUUCAGCUGCAAGUAUUGUGACUAUACGUGUGCACAAUCAUCUAAUUUGAAGAGACAUAUUAUCAGAAAACAUACAGGAGAAAGAACUUUCUGCUGUACAUAUUGUGACUAUAAAUGUGCUCGUUCAUGUGAUUUGAAGAGUCAUAUCAGAACUCAUACAGGAGAAACACCUUUUAGCUGUAAGUAUUGUGACUAUAAAUGUGCUCAAUCUGCUACUUUGAAGGAACAUAUCAAAACACAUACAGGAGAAACACCUUUCAGCUGUACAUAUUGUGACUAUAAAUGUGCUCGUUCAUGUGAUUUGAAGAGACAUAUCAGAACUCAUACAGGAGAAACACCUUUCAGCUGCAUGUUUUGUGACUAUAAAUGUGCUCGAUCAAUUACUUUGAAGGAACAUAUCAAAACACAUACAGGAGAAACGCCUUUCAGCUGCAAGUAUUGUGACUAUACAUGUGCUCAAUCAUGUAAUUUGAAGAGACAUAUCAGAACACAUACAGGAGAAAGACCUUUUAGCUGCAAGUAUUGUUUCUAUAAAUGUGCUCGUUCAUGUGAUUUGAAGAGACAUAUCAGAACUCAUACAGGAGAAACAACUUCCAGCUGAAAAUUUGUACUUUUAAUCAUUCAAAUUUAUUUUACUGUGUUCCAAUGAGAGGACAAUUGUGUUGAACUUGUGUGUACACACAUGUUGUCAUACAUUGUUGUAUCAUCAUAGCUAAAGGC